CUCGCCUCUUGCGCCUGCGUGGUUCGGGAUGGACCGCAGAGCAUCCAUACGAUCAUUUCCAGAUGAUCUGACCCAGGCCAUUUCCUCCAGAAACUUCAUUGACCAUUUCCCCUGUCGACCGCCGUCCCCUUGAAGCGUCACCCCAAGACAGUGGCAGACAGAACAGAACAGCUCCACAGCGGGGACCCGCAAAGGCAAAGAAGCAUUCAUCGCAUCCGCCAGACCGAACAGCCACCCAAAAAUCCAUCCAACACCUCAAUCGUUCUCACCGGAACCCCCAGACACAAUGUUCACCUUACGACGGCAAUUCUCCACCGCUGCAACCCGCCUCAAGCCCACCACCUCCAGCACGAUGACAACCCCUGCCCCUCCCAAAAAACAACACACCUUCCAAGUCUUCCGGGACGUGCCCCCGCUCCGCGCCCUCCGCCGAGAAAUCCUCCUCUCCAACCGGACCGUGGGCCUGGUGCCGACGAUGGGCGCCCUACACGAGGGCCACCUGUCCCUGAUCCGACAAGCGGCGGCCGAAAACACGGACGUGAUCGUCAGCAUCUUCGUGAACCCGACGCAGUUCGGCGUGAACGAGGAUCUGUCUAGCUACCCGCGCACCUGGGACAGCGACGUCGCCAAGCUGGAGGCGCUGAACGCGGAGCUUGCCCAGACCACCCAAACCACCACCACUAACAACAACAACAACAACAACAACAACGCCUCCCCAAAACAAGGCCGCAUCACCGCGAUCCUCGCCCCGACCGCGCAGGUCAUGUACCCGUCGCUGCCGCCGACCUCAGAGAUCGACGGCGACGGCUCCUUCGUGACGAUCACGCCCAUCGCUCGGAAGCUCGAGGGGGCGGCGCGGCCCGUCUUCUUUCGGGGUGUGGCGACCGUGUGCAUGAAGCUGUUCAAUAUCGUGGGCGCGGAGCGCGCGUAUUUCGGGCAGAAGGAUGUGCAGCAGACUGUCGUGAUCCGGCGCAUGGUCAAGGACUUCCACGUGGAUACGGAGAUCAAGAUCGGGGCGACGGUGCGCGAGGCCGAUGGGUUGGCGAUGAGUUCGCGGAAUGUGUAUCUCGGGAGCAGAAGGCGGAGCGUGGGGUUGGUGCUGUAUCGGGCGUUGAAGGCGGCGGAGGAGCGGUAUACAGGAGGGCAGAAAGUGCAGCGGCGGGAGAUCUUGGAGGCGGCGGAGGAGGUUACGGCGCAAGUCCUCAGGGAGCAGGAGGCGUUGGCCCCGAAACAGCGCGCGCGGUUCGAGGUCGAUUACAUCUCGCUGGCGGAUCCGGAGACCUUGGAGGAGCUGGAGGUCGUCGACCCCGAGAAGGGGGCGAUUCUGAGUGGCGCGAUCAAGAUGGCGCCGUUGGAGGAGACUGCGCCUGGUGAAGACUGCGGGCUGGGCGAGGGCAAGGUGCCCGUGCGACUGAUUGAUAAUCUGAUCUUUGCACCCCAAGCGUAGCUGCUUGCUUGCUUCGGGUCAGGUUCUAAGCGCUAUACCGAACAGUACAGUACAUAUACCCAAAAUCACCCAGAAAAGAUGUUUGAUACAAUGUAAACUAGACUAAAUACAGACCCUUGACUUAUAAUCCAACACCCAUAUUGAGA